GCUGAAUGCAUCAUCUCAAGCUGCCGAUUUGCGACACCGCUCCAGGAGCAACAUCUUUAUCUCACCCCGCAAUCGCGUCUUCUUCUCGACUCAACACGCACAGCCAUCAUGGGCAAGAAAAGACGUGGCCCCUCGCUCGAAGAGCUUCUCGCUCGUCCGUGGUGCUACUACUGCGAGCGCGACUUUGACGACCUCAAGAUCCUCAUUUCGCAUCAGAAAGCCAAGCACUUCAAGUGUGACCGAUGCCAGCGCCGAUUGAACACCGCAGGAGGCCUGUCUGUCCAUCUGAGUCAAGUUCACAAGGAACAACUUACCGAGGUGGACAACGCGCUGCCCAACCGAAUGGGCCUCGAUGUGGAAAUCUUCGGCAUGGAGGGUAUCCCCGAGGAUGUGCUCAAGGCUCACCAGCAGCGUGUUGCCACACAAUUCCAGCAGGCCGAGGUGGAGCGACAAGCCGUGACUGGAAACCCUCCUGCUGGCGCUUCCGCUAAUGGACAGCCGGCCAAGAAACCCAAGCUUGAGGCUGCUUCGGAUCUUAAGAAGCGAUUGGCUGAACACAGGGCCAAGCGCGCUGAGGCGCUUGCUGGAGGUAGCAGCGGUGAUGUAACCCCCACCAGUGCUGGACAGUCGGCGACGCCCACUGGAUUCGCGCAAUCUCCUCAGGCCGCCGCCGCUCCCGCUCUGGAUCAGCAACAGUCUUUCACUCCGGCCUAUGGCGGUGCCGCUGCCGCUCCCGCGUUUUCCUUCCCUCAGACCCACCCCCGACCGAGUGCCUUGCCAACUGCCUCGAACCUCCCUCAACGUCCCACAUUCGGCGCACCUACGGUCAACGCGCACCAAAUGCAACAGAUGCACAUGGGUCAUGUCCCGCAUUCACAGGCAACUCCAGCCUAUAAUGGAGAUGGAACAGUCUCCCAGUCUGUUGACGAUCUGAUUUCAGGAGCAGCGAAUGCCGCAGCGGCUUCCAAACCGACAGAGGGGGUUGAAAAGCCAGCCAAGAAAGACAAGUCGAAGCCAUCGGGUCACAUGAUUUACUCCCAUGAAACUAUCAGCCCAGAAGAGAGGAUGGCCGAGCUUCCCCGGUAUGCAUUCGUUCCAGAUACCACGGCCCAAACCGUCCUCGGCGAGGUCCCCCCGCCGUAG